ACAUCUCAAAAGUGUUAAACCUUGUCAACCUAUAAACAAUAUGGCGGAUUGCUUGGUGUCGACCUGAUAAUUCUGAUGUAUACUUAAAGGAGAAAUCCAUGGCAGGAAAAGAUUUACUUCCAGAUAUACGUAACGAUCGGAAGGCUUUCCGAUUAGAUACUAAUCGGCAGGUUGACUUGUCCUUCCGUCAAGAAAAGGCUGACGUAGAUCAACAAGCAGCAUACAAUGCUUCAUGCACGAAAGAGCAGAGAAGGCACGGGCAACUGGUCGAAGAUCAGACGAUUGACCAAGAGGUUUUCCCAGAACUGCAAAGAGAGAAAAAGAGAUCAUCAAGGAAGACGGUGCCAGUUUUUCAUCAAGAUCUGAAGACUAGAGAAAUUUCAAUGGAGCAAUAUCUACUUAUUCCUCAUGUGCCUCCAUAUAACGUACCUGACAAGUCAGCACAAGUCACAAUGCAAUCCAGAACAAGAAAAUACCCUUAUGUAAAGGGUCAGCUUGUUUCAGCUGAAGAGUUGAAGAAACCUAAGAAGACUUCUGUUGGUGUUUUACCUAUAAGAUCAAGCUUAGAAAUCUCAGAUCUACAUUUUGUGAUGGAGGGAAACAUGAAGAUCAAGCAUGGUGAUGUUGAUGAGGAAAAUAUACAAAAGACAAGCAUGGCUCAAAAAGAAUCAAGCGAAGAGAAUCCUCAAAUUACAGCUGCACAGAAAGUUAUUUAUGGAAAGGAACUACUAGAAAUGAUGUCACACAAACAGAUAGGAGAGUAUGUCGAAGGAAGCCAGACAUAUAACACUAAGCCUGCCAUCUUGUCCGCGGUUGGAACAAUUAGCAGUGUGCCUAUAGCGCAAAGGGCAAAACCACAGAUGAAGCCAGCAGUCAUACAAUCAGGGUUCAAAUCCAGAUCCAAGAAACAGCAUUAUGAUGUGCGUGCUUCUUCCAAUGGUGCUAAAAGUGCCCAGAGCAUUCAGUCCUCAUUGCUAAGCGAAGUGCUUCUGUUACCUGAUGAAACUGUUUACAGCAGAUAUGAUGAUGUCAUAGUCAAUAUUGACAAUGAUGUGGAGACAGCUGUUGGAUCAAAUGGUGGCUUCAAAGGCAGCACUGUGUCUGGAAUAAAAUCUGUGAAAGAACUGCUGGAGGAGGCUAAAAUAAUUAGUAGCCCAGAUGCAGAACCUCUGUAUCGCCGGCAUCUCAAACCCAGUGAUGCUACUCAUGGAAGACAGAGUGGAAGAAAAAGCCAACAAGACCGUGACAAAUCUGCCUCCAAAGUCACUGUACCCAAGUCAACAAUACAAGGAGGAGAAAGCAAUGACAGUGGCAACAAGCAUCCAGCAGAAAGAUCUGUUGAUGAAAUUGUGGCAGCACUUAAGCAGCAGGCUAGCAGUGGUGUGAUGUCUGAGGCAGAUCGCAAAAUUAAAGAAAUUAUGGACCGUGUCAUGUCCCGCACUGGCUCAGGAUUUCCAUCUGAUGCUGAUGACACAGCCCAAAUUGGCACCCCUGAAGAUCAGAAUGCAGGCAAAAGAGAAGUGCUUGUUACAGAGACAGAGGAUGGAGCAAGCACCAACCUUUAUAUGACAUCAGAAGACAUAAGGCCGUCUCCUGUGCCAUCCCCUUCCUACCCUGUGCAGCUGUCAUUGGUCUUAAGUCCAUCAGAUCAAUUGUAUGAGUCCAUCAAAGAUAUCAAAAUACCAGACCUUAUCCCUGAAGUGGAGGAGCCAGUAGUGGAAGUAGUGUCAGAAAUGUCUGGAAGAACUGGGGAAACAGUUUUGGCCACAGAAGAGAGUACAGACCUUAGACAAAAAGUGUUUAUUGCACCCAAACCACCGUCACGGCAGCUUGAGUUUGCUGGGGUCAUCAAACAAGAAGAUGCUGACACUGACAUUCAGCAGAGUUAUUUUGACAUAGAACAAGCCUGGUGUGACCUCAUGGCACCUCCUGAAGCUACCUAUGAGGAUGUGGUAAGCCUUCUGGGGGAGCAAGUUGAGCUGCAUCCUCGCCACAUUUCAGGCCCUCCAUCUAUUGAGCCCAAGCCAGUCCACUCCACUGCGGUAUCAUUCUUAUCCACUUGGGCUCCAACAGGAGUUAAGACAAGAGAAGUUAAAGAGAAGAAAAAAGAGCAGAAGAGAAACAUUCACCAUUUCUGUACAAUGACAAAUGAAUUUCAACUGCCUAAGGAAUUAUGCCAUGUUGGUCGGAAGUACCAUACUCCAGACUAUUUCACAGGUGUUUUUACACAACAAAAUUACAGGUUUCCAUCUGGUAUUCUUCCUUACCCAAAAGAAAGAGUUGUCAUUCCUUCCACCCCCAAACCAGGCCCAGAGGAGAAGCACUCUUUUAUGGGAAAGCAAAUAGUCAAGGAAGCUAACAGUGAAGUGACAGAGACAUCUCUUGAGGCAUGGAAGCAGAGAGCAGAUGCUGUGUUUCAGGAGUCAGAUGUUCCAAUUGAAGGAAUGAAGAUUGUUCCCAAAAUGGAUGAAUCUAGAGUCUAUUGGGCACCAGCCCCACCCAAGAUGGAGGUGUUGCCAGCCAAAGUUAAACAGAUUCUGUUCCCUGAAUACCAAUCAUCAAAGGUGGAUGAGGAAGGACAACUGGUCACCUCACUUUAUGAAGCAGAGAGUGAGGGUGAUGAGGAAGAGGAGUCCUUUUUAGACAUUCUAGAUAGAGAGAUGAACCAGAGAAUUUUAUCGCGUCAUCAUCAGUCAUGCGUAGACCUGACAGUUCUGAUGAAGAAAGAAAUUCUUCGUGAAAAGAUGAUCCUUGAUAAAUGCCUUGAUCCAAAAACAUAUCGACCACUUAUUACACCACCCCUGACUGAAUCGGCUGAGGAAACAGCUGAACCAAAGGUUGUGAAACAGUUAACAAAAGGCAGCACAUUGCAGCUUCCUACCAAUGAGACUGACCAGCCAUCCAGCCCAGUGAAUGAGGAUGGGACAGACCCUACAAGUCAGAAGAUUCUUGGUCCGCCAGAUGAUAGUCUUUUUAGCCCUGUUUAUUUUCCUCCGCCAAGGCGGACUCGUUCAAUGCCACAUCUGUUGGAUGAUCUGGAUGACACACUAAUGGUACCACUAGAUUUCAAUGCUGCAAUGGAAGAGCUCAGACAGCAGCGACUUCUUAUGGAUCGUGAGAAGCACCGUCGCUUGCAGCAGACUGGGAAUGAAACAGAAUGCAAUGAACCAGAACCCAAACAGGAGGAGGAGGAGGAGGCAGUUGAAGAGCCAAUAGUCCAUGUUGAUAUUCUUCAUGUACCACAAACUCCAAAGAUAGAGGAGUUAACACCAGCAGAAAAGGCCUUGCUUGCUGGCCGUAACUAUGUUAUCUUGCCUAGAAAGAAGAAGAAGCAUCGCCAGAAGCGACCGCUGGACUCAAGACGUCUGGAAAAGAUUGAAAAAUUCCUGGCAGCUCCACCAAAUCAACUGAAUAAGUGUGAAUCUUUGCCACAACUACAGCAGACAACAGACCUAAAAGCUCAAGUUACACAAAAAGGACAGGUGAAGUAUGGAAGUCUUCCUGACCUCUUGAACUUUAGUGCUUACAAGACCUCAAAAGACAUGCCAGAAGAAGCAGAUGAGAGAGAGUGGGUACGGGACAUCUGGAACAAGUGGUUUGAUGAUGCUUUCCCACCAACACCCACUGGCUCAGAUGGUGAAGACCAGGAAAGUAUGCACCUGGCUCAAGAUGACACUGUCAGCACUGACUCAGACACACAGAAGAAAGAAGACAAAAAGAAGAGCAAAGAGACUUUACGUGAGAUUUUGUCAGAAGACAUCGAUGAGAUUGACCCAGUUGUCGACUCAGAAGAGAAUGCAGAGAUGAUUUCUAUCCUUCGGAAAGAAGUGGAGAAAUUGACUAGACUGAUUGAGGCCACAACCCCACCUAUGGCCUUUGAUCUGGCACGCAGGGGAGCUCUCUACAGAAAGCUGGGAAUGCUAAAGAAGUCUGAAGAAGAUUUGAACAGAGCCAUUAAAAUGGAGCCCCUGCUGCUUGACGCCUACUGGCAUCGCCACUUGCUGUAUGUACUACAAGACAAAAAGGCCGCCGCCCUGGAGGACCUGAACUACAUCAUGAAAAAGAACAAGAGCCAUGCAGGAGCCUAUCGGUCCAUGGCAAAUAUAUACCGCAAGCGAGACAUAACCAUGGCGAUUGUGAACUACACGAAAGCCAUCAAGUUAAACCCUCAGGACCACGACGCCUUCUUCCAGCGGGCUAAAAUGUACGAGCAGGUGAAGAUGCUCCUGGCGCUCGAGGAUUACUCCAAGUGCAUGAAGCUUAUGCCGACACGCACAGACGCCAUAAUGAAGCACGGGAUGUACUACUUCAAUAACGAGAACUGGACGAACGCUAUCAACGACUUCACGGAGUUGCUUCGAGUUGACCCCCUCAGUGCCACCGCCCGGCUGUACAGAGGACGCGCCUACGCCAAGCAGGGCCAGUGGUCGCCGGCCGUGGAGGACCUGUCCGCCGCGAUCCAUCUCAACCCCAACCUGUGGGACGCCUUCUACCACCGCGCCUGCAUCCUGCGCAAGGCACACCCCCGCCGAGCACUUCAUGACUACAGCGUCUCUCUGCUCAUCAACGAUACCGAAGAGAAUAUCAUGUCCUACCUUCACCGCGGCAUUCUCUACAACGCCCUGGACAGGCCGGAUGACGCCAUCCCGGACUUCGAGGCGGUUCUGAAGCUGGACAAGGACGUUGCCUGCGCCCACGUGAACCUGGGUCUCAUCUUCAUGGAGCGACAUCAGAACUACCACAGAGCCAUCAAGAAAUUUACCUCAGCCAUCAAGGUUGACCCCACAUACAUCAGAGCAUACAUCUGUCGUGGGGAGGCGUAUCACAAGGUUCACCAGCUGAAACUGGCCCUGAAGGACAUCACGAGGGCGAUCCACCUGAGGCCGGAUGUCCACAAUUACUACAUGUACAGGGGUCAGUUGGUGCUGGAAAUGGGCAGCCUUGACUUGGCGGCGUUCUGCAUCAGGCACGCUUCUGAAAUGGACGGGCAGGGAGGUGCAGGCAGUGCCUUUGGUGAGCAACCCACCCAGCAAGCGGCCGUCCAGUCCUUCCUGAAGAACUACGACAAGGCGAUCGACGCGCUGACGCAGGCCACGCGCGUGAAACCAGUGACGUCACUGUUCAUGCUGCUGGGUAAGACCCAGAUGAAGGCCAAGCAGUUCAAGGAGGCUGCGACCAGUUUCCAGAAGGCGCUGGACCUCAUGAGACCGUGGCGCCCGACGGACCCUUGGCCUCCUGAGGCAGGCGAGGCCCACUUUCUAUCCGGAAUGUGCCACAUGGAGUUGCGAAGUUACCUGCCUGCCUUCAACUCUUUCAACAGUGCGAUCAGCGUCGAACCUAAUCAUGCUGAGGCAUACUAUCAGCGCGGUCUGACCCGCUUGAAGCUGAAACAGUCCCGAGGUAUCCAUGACUUCAACCGUGCGCUGGCCAUCAACCCCAACUUAUUUCAGGCUUACCUCAGUCGUGCUUGUUACUUCGGGCUGAAGGGCAACUACCCCAAAGCCAUCCUGAACUGCAACGAGGCUAUCAAGCUGCAGCCGAACAGCGUCCGAGCUUACCUGUACAGAGGCGCACUGAAAUAUCACAUCAAAGCAUAUUCGCUGGCCAUCCAGGACCUGACAAGGGCGGCAGCCAUAGACACCGCCUCUCCCUUUGCGUACUUCAACAGGGCUGUCUGCUACCAGAAGAGUAAACAACACGACAAGGCGCUGACCGACUACGGCAUCGUCCUGUUGCUAGGCGACCAGCUCAGCCUCAAAGUGCUCAUCAACCGCGGGCUGCUGUACUUCCAGCUCGGGGAUCACAUGAACGCUUUGUUCGACUUCCAGGCCGCCUGCAGGCUGUCCCCUACAGACCACCGCAUCCACCACAUGCUGGGGCUGUGCUACCAUAAGUGAGAGCCGCUAGUGGCGCUUCUUGUAGUUUGUGGUUUGGCUGAGGGGUUAGGGAUGGUGGACUCCUGCCUCAGCUUCCGCCCCUUCUUCCUGGACGGCCUCAUCGCCCGUGGCAACGUGUACAUGGAUUACGGACACAAGGCGGGCACGCGCGAGGCGCGGCGAGACUACGAAAGGGCGCUACGACUUGACCCCAUGUGCAUGGCGGCUCGGGUCAACCUGGCCUACAGCCUGCAGGUCACGGGCAAGCUCAUGCAGGCCUGGCGCAACUUUACCAUCGCCAUCACCCUCAAACCUACCUACAAGCGGGCACUGGAAGGGCGGGCCAUAGUCAACUUGCAAAUGAGCGACACCUUCGCCGCAUUCCAGGACAUCACAGCCUGCAUCCACCUAGAGGAGAGCGCCGAGAUGUUGACCAACCGCGGAGUCGUCCACCAGUUCAUGAACGACCGCGUUAACGCCAUGAAGGACUACCAGCGAGCCAUCAAUGUGGACCCCACCUACUCCCUUGCCUACUUCAACGCCGCCAACGUCUACUUUCACACCCGUCACUUUAAACAGGCACUGGGCUACUAUGACAAGGCGAUUCAGUACAAUCCGAAGGAUGAGUCAGCUUUACUCAACCGCGCCAUUACCAAGGUGCUGCUGCGAGACGCACAGUCAGCGUUGGAAGACUUCCAGCAGGCCAUCGGGCUGAGCCCACACUCAGCCCACAUCUACUUCAACCGCGCCAAUCUCUUUGCCUCCAUGCAGCUGUACGAUAAAGCUGUGGACGACUAUACCAAAGCUCUGAGUCUUAAGCCUGAUGACCCCUUGACCUUAAGGCGUCGGGCGGACGCGCUGGGAAAGCUUGGGCGUCAGACGGAGGCUAUCGAGGACUACAUUCGCGCCAUCGACAUCCAAACCCGGCCGCACCGAGUGGUAGGUGCCCUCUGAAGCUAAGGGCUGGUGAACCCACCUUGCCGCAGGCUGCUGAUACUGUGUGGGUACUCAAAGCAUACUCCCCACCCAUCACCGUAUCUGUCACAUGAGGUCUAGGAAUUUGGAGAUCUCAUCCGUGUGAUAACAGUGCCAUUCCAUCCAGAAUUGUAUUCCCGAGUGUGAAGAAGUCUGCUGGAAUUCCGCGUGUGUUUGCUGUGGAAAGGUUAGGAGCCAUACUGUGAGAAAGGACAAUAAUAUUUUGUCGAAAUUUUGGUGGACCUUCCUAGGCGAUAGUAGAGUCAGGCUGGUCGUACGCUCAGGUGGUACGCUGUGUGUGAGAGAGUGCUUCCUUUACCAACAAAGCAAUGCAUCUGGCGUGCCUCGAGGUCUGGAAGACUUAGUGGCGACGAAGUGGCAAACGUCAGAGAUCACACAUUCUGCGCCUGAAAAUCGUCCUUGCUAACCCCACUCCUUGUCGUGACUGGAAAUCUGUACAGUUCCUCUAUCUCCCGAUAUUCCUGACGCGAAUGCAUGUCCAUCCACCAGACGCUGAUUGAAAUGAUGCUUUUGAAGGCUGAUAGUUAUUUGUGUAUUCCUAAAAAUAAAAGGCACCGUUUAA